ACGAAGAAAUGCUCCCCAGUCGACUGCAUGAAGACAAACGCGGUGUAAUAUCGAGCCAUUCUCCUUGAUAUUUAAAAAAGCAGACGGUCAGAAAGAAAGCGAAAAAGAUCUCCACUGCCACCCGGCUCUCCCUUCGCCAUAAACAUGAAGAAACGGAGCUCUGAGAAGCGGCGCCACGUGGUGGCGUGGCUGGGCCGGGCGGAGUGGGACCAGGUGCUGGAGUACCUGUACUCCGAGGACGCAGCGCUGCAGAGGUUUGCUCUGCACAGGGUCUCUGCCUGGAGGGCCCGCUGCGCCCACAGCACCCCCGUGGCCGUGGACUGCACCGCCGACCUGGUGCGGUGCCAGGUGCUGGACCGGGCCGGCCAGCUGGCCGGGGACGACCUGGUGCUGCUGUACGGGGCGGCCCUGGUCAGGUUCGUCAACCUGAUCACCGAGAGGCAGCAGGGGAAGGUCGCCCGGCCGCUCCGGCGCCUGGCCGGCAACCUCAACAUUCCGGAGUGGGUGGUGGACCUGAGGCACGACUUCACCCACCGCAAGCUGCCCACGCUGAAGUGGUGCCGGAAGGGCUGCAAGGUGGUUCUGGAGUGGCUCCAGAAGGAGUACUGGUCCCGGCAGCUGGGCGGGGGGCCCCAGGAGGGCUGGGACUCGCAGUCGGAGGAGGAGGAGGAGGCUGACCUGAGUCGCCGGGGAGAUGAGCUGAUCGCAAGACAAAAGGAGAUUGAAGCCUACAAGACUGCUCGGGAGUUUCUGAUCUCCUAUGAAAAGGAGCAGUACCAGACUUUUGACGAGGACAAAGAUGUGAGCUUGUGUCAGGCCCCCUUUGCAGAGAUGAGCUGGUUACUGGGUGAGAUCAAGCAGUUUUCUUUGGAGUCAGGUGAUCUGCUGAUCGACGUGCUGUUGGAAGAUGGGUUCCUGGUUCCCACGGCGGAGCAGCUGGAGACAUUAGGCUGCAACCCCUCUGAGGAUUCAAGUCCCACUGAACCGAGACUCCCUCAAAUCUUUCUUCGCUUUUGGCUGCCGCUGCUGAAGAUGCUCAAUUCCCCGUCCUUUAUUCACCUCCUCCUGGAGAAGCUCUUUUUGGAGCUGAAACUUGUCACCAAAGAGCCGAACGGUCACAGGACUUUCUACAUUUCUGCCUGGGCUUCAGAGCUCAUCCUCUGUAACAGCAACAAAUUUGAGUACCAUUUUGAAACAAAGUCACAGAAGAAAGCCAGGAUUAGGGACAGGAUUUUUGUCAACCGCAUCCAGCUCAGGUGGCAGCAGAUGCUCUCGGCAUGCCUGGAUGCUCCCUGUGUCAGCACACCUCACUUGCUGCAGUUAAUUCUGGACGAUAUGGAGCACCCCCUCCCUCUCGAGACCCGACAGAGGCUCCUUCAGCUCUGCUCCAUCUACACACAAAACACGCAUGUGGAUUGCGGCACUUCUCAGGAGCAGGCGCAACAGCCCAUAUACACCCUGGAGAGUUUGCACGAGAGGCAGCAGCAGCAGUUGCGUCGGCAUGUGUGGCGCAACGCUGGAGAUUCUGAGAGGAGCAAGUCCUCCCAAGACUAUGACUGGGAAGAUUCUUUGGUUGCAAAGGCAAAAGUGCUCCGAGGUUCUCCGUGGCAGGUGUGCACCGAUAAAGUCCCGUGGAAGAAUUAUCCUCUUGGAAAAGUCCCUGGACAGUCAGAUGACCCAUCAUCCCUGAUGGUGGAACAUUACACUCCAAUGACUGUCUUUGGUCAGCCGGUGGAGCGUGAGGGCAACGCCCCCCGCAGCGUCCCGGGAUUCUCUGCAGCCCCACGAGCAGCCGAAGGCCCAAUCUGGAGUCUGAGUGACGUAAAUAAGCUGAAAUCUGGACUCAAGCUUUUCUAAACAAGUUGUGAUGUGAGGAAAUGUGCUGUAAGCCUUUAGAUGCUGGGUCUUUGUGUUGUCAUUUUUGUUACAUGAAAAUAAAGUACUAGAUAUGUUGAUUUAGCUUUCCCUAAAAUCAUUUGUGGAAUUGGAAUUCAACGACAUGAAAUUGUCUUUUAUUGAACUUCAUUGUCAGUAAUAAUGUUGUCUUUAGUUUAGUUUAAGUUUAUUUCAGUCAUAUAUACCUUUUCAAGGCAACAAGGAAGAGACAAAUUUUACAGUUUGACUGAAAACGGCUCAGGCAGAAGCAGAGCUUAUUAAUGCCCGCCUACUAUACACAAUACAUGGUGUCAGUGUGAAGGGAAAAAAAAAGAACAAAAAAAGAUGUCAGUGUUGUCAAAAAUGCCUGUUAAAGCCAGAAUUUCGUCUUCUUUUCUCUUAUUGUUGCUGAUUGACAACCUCAACUUGAAGGUGUAUUCUGUUAUAAGCAUUUUUUUUUUAAAUCGGUUAUAUUGAAAAGUCUAAAAAAUUAAAUGAUUCCAAAAAUUGUCACUAUCAAGCAAGAAUUCAAAUGUGAGGUCUGUUUUUUACUAUCUUAAUCUUUUUAUUAAUGAAAUGUCUAAAAGUUGUGUAAAUAAAUAAUUUCCCAUCUCACCCAAAAAUAUUUAAUGUUCUCCGUGGUUGUUAAGGACAAAAAAAAAAUGUCAUUCAGGCAUUUGACCCAUGUUUCUAUCUUUACAAUUAUUGAACACACUAUGACCUGAAAAAAUAGAAACACCUGUGUCAUUCUUGUCAAACACGAUCUGGAACAGAUUUGAGGUUCAAAGACUUGAACCCUAAGACGUAGUUUACUCAACUAAGAUCUCUUGGAAUUUUACUUUCAAUAAAGUAAAAUGUAAGAAAGGAUCUGUUUUUGUUUUUCCUUUCAUUUGCUUUAAGGCACUUCGUGUUCACCCAUGUAUUACUAAGACUUACA